AUGGGGGAUGAAAGAGCAGAGACCCAGCAGCUGGUCCACACCAGAGGCUGGUGCAGCCGUUCUGGGGGCCCGGGGCUUUCUGUGGAGGGGGAGCCCGAGCUGCACGAUGCCUCCGUGACAACGUCCUCUGUUGACACCACGGCCCAUGCUGCCAUCAACAUCGGCCCUGCUAGGUUUCCACUGCUGCCCUCCGGCGGGUCCCGGAGACGCUGGGCGCCCGCAGCCGCGCAAACCGCUCGCGUUUCCGCGGGGCUCGCUCCCGGGCCUGGCUCGGGGCCGCCGCCGCCGCCGCCGCCGCUCCCCCUCCCCGCGCGCAGGCUGCUCUCCAGUCGCGGCCACGGGGUAGCGCUCGGCCCCCCUCGCCGCGUCUCCGCCUCCGCCUCCGCCGCGCUCGUCCCCGGCUCGCGCUGCCCCCGCAGUUCCCGCUCGGCGCAGGCAGGAGCGGCUCUCCGGGAAGCCGAGGGCGGCGGGUUCGGCCAGCGAGCGGCUGAGGCGGGCGGCGGCGGCGGCGCGGCCGAGGCGCUGAGGCGGGCGCGGCGGCGGCCGCUGCUUCUCCGGCCCGGGCGGUCGGCGCGCGCCGGGCGUCCGAGGAGGCGCCGCGCCCCCGGAGCCGGGGCCGCCCGCCGGGCUCUCCGCGGGUCUCGCCGAGAGCUCCGGCCGCGGAGCGGCGGAGGGCAGAGCCGCGGAGCUCCGGCCUCUGGCCGGCAGGAGCCUCCGCCCCCGGGCGCCGGCCACCAGCCGGGAUCGCCGAGCCCACCAGCCGUCCCCGCCGCCCCGCAGCCGGCGCGGACAUGGGCGCGCGGGGCGGCGCGCCGGGCCGCUGGACCCGCAAAGUUUGCUAGCCCACUGGGCGCGGAGCCGAGGGCGCGCCCGGGCCGGGCGGCCCCGGGAGGGACCGAGAGUCCCCGGACUGGACGCCGGGGCGGUGGAGCCAAGAGGGGUGGCUCGGCCCCGCCAGAUGCCGGCUGCAAAGUUAGAGAGAAGAAAACUUCAGCCCUAGGGAGGUUCGGACCGCUACGCUCACCGCGCCCCCCGAACCCCGCGCCCCUGAAAGAAGCCCCGCAGCCGCGUCCACCGCCGCGCUCGCUUCCCGCCCGGCCCCGGGGGCCCGGCGCCCGGAUCGGCGGUGACUGCGUCCGCGCCGAGCACCCAACCAGGGGGCGGGGAGGGGGCGGGGGGCGGGCAACGUGGCCACCGGAGGAAGUUUCCCGAAGUUGUCGGUUUAUUCCGGAGACCAGCCCGCGACCCGGCCGGAUCGCCGAGGCGGCCCUGCGCGGGAGAAGUCGGAGUUGGGGCGCUCAGGGGGUAGGCGCCCCGAGACCGAGAGCGGCCUCUCCUCCGUCUCCUUGCUCGCCCCUCGCCUUCCCGGCGCGCCACCGGGGAUCGGACUUGGACUGA